AAAUAAACCUGAAUGGGGUGGGAAUGUUGUAUCAGGUUGCUCGGUCGCUGUAAUGGCUUCUUCUUCCACAUUUUCUGCGUGGGCCUCUAGCAGAAGUAUACUUACCCCUAAGGCAACUAAGUACUACACUGAGCAUAUCUGCAAUUAUCAAAACGGCUGUCCUCUUAGACAAACACAUCAUGCUGCGUCUAUAGCUGCAUCUACCGGAACAUCACUCUCAAAGUCAUCUCUCAAGAAUGGAUUCAAAUGCCGGGCUCUAGAGGUGGAGACCCAGCCUUCCAUUUCACAGGGGAAGAAGUUUCAACUCGAGGACAUCAUCGAGGCCCAGCAGUUUGAUCGGGAAACUCUGAUUUCCAUAUUCGACGUUGCACUUGAGAUGGAGAAGGUUGAGAAGAACUCACCUGGGAGCCAAAUUCUUAAAGGUUAUCUGAUGGCCACCUUAUUUUACGAGCCCUCAACCAGGACCAGGCUCUCAUUUGAGUCUGCCAUGAAACGUUUGGGUGGGGAAGUUUUGACCACUGAGAAUGCACGAGAGUUCUCAUCGGCUGCAAAGGGGGAGACCCUUGAAGAUACUAUAAGAACGGUGGAAGGGUACUCUGAUAUAAUAGUGAUGAGGCAUUUCGAAAGUGGUGCUGCUAGAAGGGCGGCAAGCACAGCUGGUAUUCCGGUUAUUAAUGCUGGAGAUGGCCCGGGACAGCAUCCAACUCAGGCCUUGCUGGAUGUGUACACAAUUCAAAGAGAGAUAGGGAAACUUGAUGGCAUCAAAGUUGGACUCGUUGGAGAUCUUGCUUACGGAAGGACUGUCCGCUCGCUCGCCUAUUUGCUCGCCAAGUUUAAGGAUGUUAAAAUCUACUUUGUCGCACCUGAAGUAGUGAAAAUGAAGGAUGACAUAAAAAAUUAUCUUACAUCCGAAGGAGUUGAAUGGGAAGAGAGCAGGGAUUUAAUUGAGGUGGCUUCCAAAUGUGACGUGGUGUAUCAGACCCGCAUUCAGCGAGAAAGAUUUGGGGAAAGAAUUGAUCUUUAUGAAGAAGCCCGAGGCAAGUACAUUGUGAAUCGAGAUGUCUUAGAUGUGAUGCAAAAACAUGCAGUCGUAAUGCAUCCAUUGCCAAGACUUGAUGAGAUCACUGUUGAUGUGGAUAUUGAUCCAAGGGCAGCCUACUUCCGACAAGCAAAGAAUGGUCUCUACAUACGCAUGGCCCUCUUAAAACUUUUACUGCUUGGAUGGUGAAUCUUUAUGGUUGCAUUUUCUCCAUGGGGGCACAAAUAAUGAGUUUUGGAAUGUAUUAGUCAUUUAGUUUUGUCCAUCAGUCCAUUGCAAGUUUUGUGGUGGUUAUAUUAAACCUUCGUAGUGAUAUUAGAUUUUUAUGGCUGAGAAGGAUGCUAUGAUUAUUUAUCACUGCAACUUUGGUGCUUGGACUUGUAUUUCAAGUAGUUUCAAACAGAUUGUGCAAGAUCAAGUGGAGUUCUUUUGAUGGAAUCUUGUUUUUACACGGUCUAGGAAAAUAUGUGCAUGUCUAGAAUCUUUUUCAGAAUAUGUUUCAAAUAAAAGGUAUACAUUGUCAAAAUCCGUAUAUACAGAAUAUGUUAUUAUUUAC